AUGAAUAAUAGCUUCAAUAAUUUUAGAGAAUGUUACAACCUUCCUGGCCAUCGUAGUUACAUCUCUUAAAGUGAUACUUCUCUGUUUCGAAAUAAGUAAUAGAGCUUAAAGAAUGAUCGCAAUAAUCAGCAUAGCUCUAAUGAAGAAUUAUUUGCUGAUAUUGAAAGAUCUUGCAAUAUGAAUGUGAGUGGAGAAUCACUUCCAACAAGUGAAGAAGAACAUAGUCUUAUCGAUUAAGCUAUCGACUUGUUUUCAGGUAUUGGUCUUGUAAACCUUCCCAGAUACAAAAGUAAUAUUGCCGAAGCAACAAACAGACAUAAGAGAUGUGCAAGACCAAAUGAUAAAAGACAUCAAUCAUGUUUUUGUAGAUUCAUGUUAUAAAUCAUAUCUUUCUACAGAAAUAUUUGAACCCGAAUUUCUUGAGAAUAAUCAAUCCUUAAAAGACUAAUUCUAUGAGAACAAUCAUAGACGUAAACGUAAAACGAUAUCGGAUGAGGAUUCCCAUAAUUUUAUUGUACGAAUUGAUGGUAUUGAAGGAGAUACAAGAACAACUGUCAUGGUUAAAAAUAUCCCAAAUAAAUAUACAAUUCAAAUGCUCAAAGAAUUAAUUGAUUAUCAUCAUUCAGCAUCUUAUGAUUUCCUUUAUCUACCUAUAGAUUUUAAGGUAUAAAAUAGUUUAAAAUCUUUUUAGAAUAAAUGUAAUAUGGGUUAUGCAUUCAUAAAUUUUGUUGACAGUCAUAUGAUAACAUCUUUUCAUAAUGAGUUUCAUGGUUAGAAAUGGCCUCAUUUUAAUAGUGAAAAAGUAUUUAAGUUUCUUAUUCUUUUUUAGAUUUGUUAAUUGAGAUAUGCAAGAAUACAGGGUAGAUCUGCAUUGUUACAACAUUUUCAAUUUUCAAGUGUGAUGAAUCAAAAAGAUAAGAAACUUAAGCCAGUAAUUGUACCUUAAAAUGAACUAUAACGUAUACAAUAGAUGAUUUAAGUAUUACUAUUAAUUAUAUUAUUAGAUGUAAAAAUAAUGAAAUGU